UGCUUUUGCGUUUGUUUCCAUGAAAAUACAAAGGAACUAUUCACCCUUAAAAAAGUUAAUGAAUAACUAUUCAUCUGUUUUUCCUGAACAUAUAGAUGCUGAACCUAAUGUUCUUUAACAGUGGAGGGCGAAACAUGGCUUCCGCAUCCGUUAAGUGUGACUUCGCGGGUCAGGAGUAUUUUAUAUAUCAAAAUAGUAACCUGCGGUUUUGAAUGUAUAUUAUGCCUCGUAAAAGUUGUACGUUUAGUUCUGUCUUGUCGUAAGAACCAGACGUUUAACUCUAUCGAGAUUUGUGACGGUAGGAAUAUAUUUGAUCCGCACAAGAAGUAUGUCGCUGCUGUCUGCGGUUGAGGAAGCUAUUAAGACAUAUAAGGUCGAACAAGCCAAGCUUAACCGCACCAUUCAGUAUUGCAGAGAAAUCCUACAGAACCUGAAACCACAACACGAAGCAGGCUCUGAAGAAACAGAAUUAGCAGAUGAUGCUGCUGCAGAUGCAGAGUCCUCGCCAGGAGAGAAGGAAGAUAUGGAACUGCUUGAGCGGGCACUGGAAAAAGCUCUUUGGGUCCGCACCGUCUCAGAGGUCUCUAAACAAGACGUCGGCAAAAGCAAACUAUCUGCAACUUCUAAAGAAACAGAAAAUAUACCAACUCUAUCAGCAGUGACUAAAGAGGGUCAAUCAGUCAUCAAGUCAAGUAAAAAAUGUGCCAGCCUUCACAGAAGAGGGCACAAAAAGCCUGUUUUUUCUCUUAGCUCAAGGCCUUCAGCAGGCCACAAAACAGCACAGUCCAAAAACAUAACCCAACACCAUCCCUUCUCAGCAGCUCAGGCUGGGCAUCACCAGACAUCUAGGAGGUUGCAACAGGCUCUCUUGGCAAGUUCUGCCUCUCCUGAUCAGAUCCCAGCCUCGAUCUCUAAAAACAAGACAGUCAGAAGCAAAAUGCCAAGAGGUGAUGGCCUGAGCAAAGCUGCAUCUGUCUCCAUGCCUUAUUCAAAUAACAUAGAGUCCUGUUCAGGAACAGAUGGAUCUGGGGCUGGCAGUUUGCAUCAACAGCAUGAGGGGCUUUCUGAACAAACUACAAAAUGGAAAUCUUUAAGGAGCAAACAGAACAGAUUGUGGGAAAAAGUUAUGACCUUACAGAGGAAGCCUGAGCCUGGGAGGAAUCACUUCAUGCAGAGGAUGAGGGCUAUGUUUCCUAACGAUUGGCCAUGCGGUAGUCCAGAUGAGACCAGGUUUCAGCUUCACAGACUAACUGAGCAAGGGCUCAGCCUUGCACUGCGCUGCCGGACUGAAGAGAUUCUUGUCAAGCAGCCGUCAGAAAUGAAACCUGAGGUCCUGGGUGGUGAGCAGAGCAAGUCCCCUUCCAGUGCGACACUUGAACAGCUGCAGCUGACAGCAGCAGAGCUCCACGUCUUUGCAGAUAAAGUGAAACGAGAGUGGAAGGCAUGGGAUCGAUGGAGGCCAGAGGGAGGCUGCCUUUGCCCCUCUGAGGCAGCUGGUGUGUUUGGAAACGGAACAGCUUCCCCUCUGCCCCUGACCAUAACCUACAGAACAGAGCCGGAACUCCAACUGCUGGAGAGGCUGCGGAUGAGAGUAGCACUGCUGCAACAGGAGAUUCAUCUUGAACAGGUUCUCUUAGACGCUCUAUCCCAUCAGCUUUCAUCCAUCAGACCUGGACCUGGAUGUCCCAGCCCCAGUGUGCUCAGAGCCAUAUACUCGCUGCUGGGGGAAGGAGGGGAGCGUUUUGCUGCCUUCAUCCACGACUCUAAGCAUGAAUGACAGCUGAGCUUGUCGUACUGAGAGUUAACAUGAAGCAGUGCACUCUCCUGUUAAAAGAUCAGUCGAACCGAAUCAGGAUGUGACCAGAUACAUUUUAUAUUACUGAUGUGUGUGUGUUGUUGUUUUAAUAAAUAAAAAAAAUUCACAAAUGUGUGCAUAA